GUCUAAGUGGCAUUAUUAUGAUCCGUUGUGAACUUUGUGACACAGUGACAGAUGUCCAGACAGGGAAAAGAGGACCAACUGGAAGUUAUGAUAUCAACACAAAAGCAGCCAUAGGAAUGAUACAUGCAGGAAUAGGACAUACCCAUCUACAAAACUUUCUUGCUGAAUGUAAUUUGCCAUCUAUCAGUAAAAACACUUUGAGGAAGAAGGAGAAGGAGCUUAGUAAACAGAUUGGGGAAGUUGCAAACAGAUCUUGCAGAACUGCAGAGGAAGAAGAAAAAGCGCAGAGUAACAAUAGUAAUGUUGAAGCUAGUUUUGAUGGUGGUUGGCAGAAGAGAGGCUCUGGAUGGAAUUACAAUAGUAAUAAAGGACACUCAACCUUUAUUGGAAAAGAAUCUGGGAAAGUACUGUCAUUUGAUUUAAGGAGUAAAACAUUUAAGACCUGUGAGUACCACCAAUCCAGAAAAGAGACUGUUCCAGAUCAUGACUGUCAAUCGAUUUGGCAUGGAUCAAGUAAAGCCAUGGAGGCUGAUAUGGCUGUAGCAAUGGUUCACAGGUUGAAAGAUGAUGGAUGUGAAAUCAAAGGUUAA